AUGCCAAGUACCAGCUUCCCAGUGCCUUCCAAGUUUCCACUCGGCCCUCCGGCUGCGGUCUGCGGCAGCGGGGAAACUUUGGGGCUCGCGCCGCCCGCCCGCGGCACCAUGAAGUCGGCAGAGGAAGAACACUACGGCUACGCGUCCUCCACCGUCGGCUCCGGCUUGCCUCUGCCCGCGGCCCAUGCCUCGGUGCCGGCCCCCUGCCAUGACCUCCAGACCCCCACCCCAGGCAUCUCCGGUCCCUCUGGGAGUCACCCCUCGGGGUACGGAGGAGCCGUGGACAGUGGGCCCCCGGGCUACUUUCUGUCUUCCAGCACUGUCAGGCCCAACGGGGCCCCGGCCCUCGAGAGCCCGCGUAUUGAGAUCACCUCGUACCUGGGCCUGCACCACAGCAGCAGCCAGUUUUUCCAUGACGUGGAGGUGGAAGACGUCAUCCCCAGCUCCAAACGGCCCCCUUCCACGGCCACGCUGAACCUGCCCAACCUGGAGGCCUACCGAGACCCCUCGUGCCAGCCGGCCAGCAGCCUGUCCUCGAGGAGCUGCAACUCCGAGGCCUCCUCCUACGAGUCCAACUACUCGUUCCCAUAUGCGUCCCCUCAGACGUCGCCAUGGCAGUCUCCCUGCGUGUCCCCCAAGACCACGGACCCCGAGGAAGGCUUUCCCCGGGGCCUGGGGGCCUGCAACCUGGGCUCCCCCCGGCACUCUCCCUGCACCUCCCCCCGUGCCAGUGUCACCGAGGAGAGCUGGCUUGGGGCGCGUGGCUCCAGGCCCACCUCGCCCUGCAACAAGCGCAAGUACAGCCUCAACGGCCGCCAGCCCUCCUGCUCGCCCCACCACUCGCCCACGCCGUCCCCGCACGGCUCCCCGAGGGUCAGCGUGACAGACGACAGCUGGCUCGGGAACACCACCCAGUACACCAGUUCGGCCAUCGUGGCGGCCAUCAACGCGCUGACGACGGACAGCAGCCUGGACCUGGCCGAGGGCAUCCCCGUCAAAGCCCGCAAGACCGCCCUGGAGCACUCCCCCUCGCUGGCGCUCAAGGUGGAGCCGGCUGGGGAGGACCUGGGGAGCACCCCGCCCGCGUCCGACUUCCCGCCCGACGAGUUCCCCUUCCAGCACCUGCGGAAGGGCGCCUUCUGCGACCAGUACCUGUCUGUGCCGCAGCACCCCUACCAGUGGGCCAGGCCCAAGUCCCUGUCGCCCACGCCCUACAUGAGCCCGUCUCUGCCAGCCCUCGACUGGCAGCUGCCGUCCCACUCGGGCCCGUAUGAACUUCGCAUCGAGGUACAGCCCAAGUCCCACCACAGAGCUCACUACGAGACGGAGGGCAGCCGGGGGGCCGUGAAGGCGUCAGCCGGAGGACACCCCAUCGUGCAGCUACAUGGCUACUUAGAAAAUGAGCCUCUCACGCUACAACUGUUCAUCGGGACGGCGGACGACCGCCUGCUGCGGCCCCACGCCUUCUACCAGGUCCACCGGAUCACGGGGAAGACCGUCUCCACCACCAGCCACGAGGCCAUUCUCUCCAACACCAAGGUCCUGGAGAUCCCGCUGCUGCCCGAGAACAACAUGCGAGCCGUCAUUGACUGUGCCGGGAUUUUGAAGCUCAGAAACUCCGACAUCGAGCUGCGGAAGGGGGAGACAGACAUCGGCAGAAAGAACACCAGGGUGCGGCUGGUGUUCCGCGUGCACGUCCCACAGCCCAGUGGCCGGACGCUGUCCCUCCAGGUUGCCUCGAACCCCAUCGAGUGCUCCCAGCGGUCAGCACAGGAACUGCCCCUUGUGGAGAAGCAGAGCAUGGACAGCUACCCGGUCAGCGGCGGGAAGAAGAUGGUUCUGUCCGGCCACAACUUCCUGCAGGACUCCAAGGUCAUCUUCGUGGAGAAAGCUCCAGAUGGCCACCAUGUCUGGGAGAUGGAAGCCAAAACCGACAGAGACCUGUGCCAGCCGCACUCCUUGGUGGUGGAGAUCCCGCCCUUCCGCAACCAGAGAAUCACCAGCCCGGUGCAGGUCAGCUUCUACGUGUGCAAUGGCAAGCGGAAGCGAAGCCAGUUCCAGCACUUCACCUACCUGCCCGCCUCGGUUCCCAUUAUAAAGACGGAGCCCACCGAUGACUACGAGCCGGCGCUGACCUGUGGACCAACGAGCCAGGGCCUGAGCCCGCUCCCGAGGCCCUGCUACAGCCAGCAGCUCCCCGCGCCGCCCGACCCCGGCUCCUGCCUGCUGGCCGGCUUCCCUGCCUGCCCUCCGCGGGGCCCCCUGAUGCCAGCGCCGCCCCUCGCCAGCCCAAAGCUCCAUGACCUGUCCUCCGUGGCCUACACUAAGGGCCUCGGCCAGCUGGGACUGCAGCAGCCGGCCGGAGAGGUGCCCCCCGUCCAGGAGGUGCCGGGAGCGCUGGCCGUGCACCCUGGGCCGCCCGAGCCGCCGGCCCCCGUCCUGCAGCCGCAGGUGAGUCCUCCUCCGAGCAGUAGCCGCUCCCUUGGUCACCAACACUCACUCUGUCCCAACAGCCCCUCUUGUCAACCUCCGCCCGCCACCCAAGAGCCCCACGGCCAGGCCCUCCCUCCGGCGACCGGCCACCCGCAGCACCACCUGCCGAAGGUUCAAGGACGUGAGUUUGCAGCCGCUGGGCCACGGCCACUGCCAGAGGUGCGUGAGGACAGUAGUAAUUUGGCCCCUAUUCCUGUAACGGUCAAGCGUGAACCUGAGGAGUUGGACCAGUUGUACCUGGACGAUGUAAAUGAAAUCAUACGGAACGACCUGUCCAGCGCCAACAGCCACUCGUAGCUCGCACGUUGGAGGUCACGCAGCAGCUGUGUGCCGGUUCGUGGGGACAGCUGGGCGCCAGCUCCCACGUCUUUGCCUGAGUGAACUGAACACAGCUGGUGUCACUCAGAACUUCCAACCUACGAAUGCUAGGAGCUGAAGCGGUUGCUGUAUGGACGAUGAAGUCGCUUGCUGGCCGUGGCGGGCGGGCGGUGGCUGCUGCCUCUCCUGCAGCGGAAGUCAUCUCAUGGGGCCAGGCGGGGCAAGCCAGGGAGGACUGUGCAGGCGCCCUGAGGGGGCCGCGGCGCCUGGCCCCACCGCGCCCCUGGAUUCAGCACUGGAAGUGCCUUAUUUACCCGACCGCCGCGUUCCAGCCGCAGAACUGAGCGCUGAAUUCUACCGUGAGAGUGUUUGUAGGAGCAACGGUUAUCAAACAUGGCGUUGUGAGGCUCGAUCUCUGCUUCAGUUCAGAGAACACUGGUGGGCUCGAGGUUGUGAGCGAGCCCUGACAGGAGCUCCCUCCCGUGACUCAGUGUCUCCUGGGCUGUAACAUGAACUGGUUGCCUUACCCCGUGUGCUGUAGAGAUCGUCCAAGCUGUCCCCUCUGCUCUGUCACAGGUACUUCCCUCCCCCGUGUCCCCAAAGCCACAGGGGGUUACAAGCAGCAUGCUAGGACUUCUGUUCUAAUCUGGCUUCGAACAUAGCACAAGGAAGUUGAAUAGCACAGAUAGGUUACUGGACAAAACAAGGAAUCCCUCUGCUCCAGGGUGACCUUGCAUUUGCAUGUGUGUACAUAGAUAGGCUUGUAUUUAUGUAUGAGUAAUAAGUAGCCGAGGUGGGGAGCCCACCUUUGCCCAGCUGGGGCUCCCGCGUUAGCAAUAACCAGCAUUCGUCUUGGAAAACGAGCUAAGACCCAAAGUGGGGGUCUGUCCCCACUGCCACCCCUCUGACGGCGCAUGUCCUGGGCUCCUGCACGUUCAGGAGCCCUUCAGACAGCCAGUGCCCCUAGGUUACCAAAUGGCAAAAUUGGAAAGUGACUGUAAAUAGCACGACACAAGGGGUGUAAUAUAUUUGUUCAAGUGUGACAUUGUUGUUUCACCGGAGCCUUAGAGCCCUCUGCUUCCCCUAAGAAAACAGUAACCAAAAACGAGUUCCAGUCUGUAGCGAUGCAUGGUGAGUUCAGACUAGCUACUGUCAUGAGUAGGUUAGUGUAGGUUUUACUACUGUGUUUUGUACAAUUAACUGCUUACUACGCGCUAAUACUAGCAGUGACCUGUUGUUUCAUAUAACCAAAAAGCAUGGUUUCAUUAAAACAUGUUUAACUAAUACUUGUGCCUUAGGAAUUAAUGCCCCCUUAUGGAACAUGCCUGAACUGCACCCGCGGUGGAGUCCCUGUCCCUGCAGGUGGGCGGGCCGAGAGCUCUCCCCAGGACCAGUGACCUCCGAAACGUCUUUCGGGCGGCUCUGUCUUACAGUUUCUGGCUCACAGAAAGAAACGAAAGCUGAAGCUGUAGUGUAGCGUUCACGCAGGAUCCUGGAGAGCUGACGUGGGCCACGCGUGUGCGCCGCGGCCACCCGCCCUGCCCCGUUCCUGGUGUCCUAAGACUUGCAUGAGCGUUUCUCAGUAGACUGUCACAUGGGAAGGAGACGUGUGGUUUGCGUUUCAGCUGUCUUUGUAGUUAGAACAGACCCAAUAAAACAGUAUUCUUG